UUAAACUGUUCUCAACUCCUCUGCAGCGGUUCAUGGAAUGCUUGUCACACCGAGCAAGGCUGAACUGCUGAAGCUCAAAUUGAUGGAGAUAGAGUCUAUGGAGGAUAUGAAUCACAGAAAAUAACUUUAUGCCUCCCGCCAAUCGCCUUCUCAUUCUUCUUCCCUCUCCAGUCGAGCAGCAGAUGGCCGCCAUUCAUACAGCAUCAAUUAACAGUCCACGGCCCCGACUAAAGCCCGAACUAACUCAAUUCGAGCUCCUCGACCAGAUUUGUCGACUGUUAAUUCUCCGGCGCUAUAACGCCUUGGACAGCCUCAAAAUUGAUUUUUCCAACUCCCUCGUUGAGGCCGUUCUCCGGAAACUCAAGUUCAACCCGAAAGCUUCCCAUCAUUUCUUUAAACUAGCCUCGAAGCAACAGUAUUACAGACCCCAUUUGAGAGCUUAUUUCAUAAUCGUUCACAUAUUGUCUAAAGCUCGAAUGUUUGAGGAGACACGAUUUCUCUUGGAUGAGCUUGUGGAACUCUCCAGUCCAAAUGAACCAACGUCGCUUGUUUGGAAUGGGUUGGUUAGAGUUCAUAAAGAACUCAAAUUUUCUCGGACAGUUUUUGAUAUGAUUCUUAAAGUUUAUGCGAAGAAGGGGUUAAUUAAGAAUGCAUUAUAUGUGUUCGAUAAUAUGCCCAUGAGUGGCUGUAUGCCGAGCUUACUCUCAUGUAAUAGUUUGUUGAGUUGUUUGGUGCGAAAACGUGAAUAUCAUACUGCAUUGUGUGUUUAUGAUCAGAUUAUUAGAAUGGGAAUUUCUCCGGACAUAUACACUUGCACAACAAUAGUAAAUGCCUACUGUAAGGAUGGUAAAGUUGAAAGAGCUGAGGACUUUAUUCAUAAAAUGGAUGCAAUGGGCUUAGAUGCAAAUAGAGCGACUUACCAUUGUUUGAUCAAUGGGUAUGUUGAGAAGGGUGAUUCAAAGGGAGCUGAAAGAGCUUUGAGAUUAAUGAUUGAAAGAGGAAUAUCCAAGAACAUUUUGACAUAUACGUUGCUAAUCAAGGGACAUUGCAGACAGGGGAAUAUGGAGGAAGCAGAGAAAGUAUUCCGAGGAAUGGAGGUUCCAGAAAAUGAUGCAGUAGUUGUGGAUGAGCAGGUCUAUGGUGUAUUAAUAAAUGGGUUUUGUCAAAUUGGGAGACUAGAUGAAGCCCUCAGGCUUCGUGAUGAGAUGAUAAACUUAGGCUUCAAAAUAAACAUAUUUAUUUGCAACUCUUUUAUAAAUGGUUAUUGCAAAUUCAGUGAACUUCAUAAAGCAAAAGACAUAAUAAGGACUAUGAACGGAUGGGAUGUGAGACUAGAUUCUUACAGCUAUAAUACCUUAUUAGAUGGGUAUUGCAGGGCUGGUUUGAAAAGUGAAGCAUUGAACCUAUGUGAUGAAAUGAUUCAAGUUGGUAUUGAACCAACACAUGUAACCUACAAUACUCUCUUGAACGGUUUUUGUCAAUCUGGUGCUAUCAGUGAAGCUUUGGAUCUCUGGCAUAUGAUGCGUGAAAGAGGUAUUUCAUUUGAUGAGGUUAGUUGUGGUACUCUUUUUGUUGGGCUUAUUAAGGCCAAUGAGUUUGAAACAGCUACAGUGUUGUAUAAACACAUUAUGGCUAGAGGGUUUAAUAAAAACACAGUUCUUUUCAAUACAAUUGUUCAAGGACUGUGUAGGAUGGGGAAAAUGAUUGAAGCAGAGCAGCUUCUUGACAAAAUGAAGGAGCUUGGUUGUUCACUUGAUGGAAUUACUUAUAGAGCCUUAAUUGAAGGUUACUGUAAAGAUGGGCAGACCGAAAGGGCUUUAAGAGUAAAGGGAGUCAUGGAACAGCAAGGAAGCCUCCCUUCCAUUGAAAUGUACAAUUCUCUGGUUACUGGAUGUUUUUUGGUUAGGAAGUUGAAUAAAGUUGAAGAUCUUAUCAAUGAAAUGCAUACAAGGGGAAUACUGCCCAACGUUGUUACGUACGGUGCCCUUAUUAGUGGAUGGGUUAAGGAAGGGAAGAUUGACAAAGCUUUUAAUUCAUAUUGUGGGAUGAUAAGUAAGGGGCUGAUUCCGAAUGAGAUCAUAUUCAGCACAAUUAUUAGUGGCUUAUAUAGGCAUGGCAUGGCUAAUGAUGCAUUCAUGCUGAUGCAAAGAGUAUUGAGCAUUGAUAAUAGUCUGAAACUUAAAUGUCUUGACGACGUUUCAACUCCUCACUUCAGAUCAUUAGAUGUUCAAAAAAUUGCAAAUUCCAUUGAUGAGGGGUCAAAAUAUACUGUCAUGCCCAAUACCAUUCUAUAUAAUGUUGCAGUGGUAGGGUUAUGCAAAAUUGGUCGUAUAAGUGAUGCAAGAGAAAUGAUUGGUGCUUUGAUAGAAAAAGGCUUUGUACCAGAUGAGUUUACAUAUUGUACCUUGAUACAUGGUGUUUCAUUAGCUGGUAAUGUUGAUGAGGCUUUUGCAUUACGGGACGAAAUGCUUAAAAAGGAUCUUGUUCCUAACAUUGCGAUAUAUAAUGCUCUCAUCAAUGGACUUUGUAAAACUGGGCAUGUUGAUAGAGCAUUGAAGCUUUUUCAUAAGCUUCGCUCAAAAGGCAUAACUCCCAAUGUUAUCACCUAUAAUACUUUGAUUGAGGUGCACUGCAGAAAUGGUAAUACUAGGGAAGCCCUUGGAUUGAAAGGCAGAAUGUUAAAAGAGGGGAUUGCCCCUUCGGUUAUUACUUAUUCUUCUUUGAUUAAUGCUCUGCGUAUACAAGGUAAUGCAAAUGAAGCAACAAAAUAUUUAGAUGAAAAGCUAAGGGCAAGUGUAGACUUCGACCUUGUGACAUAGAGCAAAUACAGCUAUUAGGUAUAUGGAUGAUGUUCAAGGAAUUGAUUGGUACCAGUAAAUUUGAUACUUCAAGGAGAGAAGAACAUUAUCUAUGGAUCUAUUAGUGAUAAGGGGAAGAAACGGUCACAACUGCCCCUGCCUUAACACCAGCAGCCAAAGCAAUGUUGCUUCAGGAAUGUAAUGCAAUAAUUUCAAUGGGUAUCAGUAGAAGAUCUUCCAAACGAAGCUUAACAUUUACUCCAAACGUACUCCAUAAUUUAAUAGGUGUUGGCUGUAAACCCAAAAAAAGUCAAACUUGAAUGAGAAGACAUUUUGGAUCGCUCCUCUUAUUGCCUCAUAAUAAUAUGUAGACAUUUGGUUUGGAAAAAUAUUGGGUACUUUAUUACAACUCUGGAAAUCGUCCUGGUGAGCAGUUUCAAAUCUACCUGGAAGCAUCAACUUGGGAAAGCAGAUUUAGCAAGGCAUUGCCUGACAAUAUCAAUGUCUUUUGAGGCAAAGUUCACCGAAAAUAAAAGAUGCUACCAGGCAAGGGGGGAUCAUCAUUUGGUCCGCAUGCUUAUGGAGCAACGUGAAUCAGCCAACCCUGUGGGUUAAAAAGCCUGACACAUCCUAUAUGGGCUAUGAUCCUGAUCGCCGCAUGUCUGGCCCCUAAUUGUCACGACUAGGCUCAGCCCUCAAACCCAUAUAUGCCAUGAAAAGUUUUGAGGUGGUAGAGAUAUCAUCAAUUACACUUUAAUAUUCGUUAUCAUAUCAAGUAGCUUUAGAAUCUUGUUUUAUUUCAAGUGAUUCAACAUUUCUGAGACAUGAGCUAGGUUGAGCUCAAACACAAUAAAAGCAUUAGUUACUUUACUUAAAAGAUCGGUCACUGGAAAAAAAACAAAAAAAAAACAACAAACCACAAUAAUAGAUGAAGGGAAGUUCAUUAUGGAUGCAACAAUUUCAACAUUAUAUAGGAUUAUAGCUAUGGACACUCAAGAGAUUUGAUUUUUCAUUGAUGGUCGAAGACUCGAAGCAUAGUUCUUUGCAAUGGAACUUUAGAGCUUUGACGAUAUUAUACUUUGUAAUUUGGCUUUUAAGCUAACUAAAUGUCAAUACUUGCUAUUUUUAGUUAGAAAUCAUGUAUAUGUGUAAUUUCAUCGAGGCUUGACAGGCAGACUGUGAGCUAGAUCAGCA